AUGCCGGGGUUAUAUCGCUUUGCGAUUUCAGGGGCACAAAGCAUGAAAGUGGCCCUCUCGGCCCUUCUGUUCCUGAUGAUUGAACAAGAGGAAAUUGAGAGGACAGGUGCAUUUGUCCUGGAAAUCGGUGGAAAAGGCAAGACUGCGUCUCUCAUCUAUUCUGUUUGGUCUGAUAUGCCCCUGAGCCAUUCGUAUCUCAGGGUCGUCGCAUGA